UCAUAUCUAGGCUAAUAAGGCAGUUAGCAUUUUCAUUAGAAUAACUGCCUAGCAGUUAGAAUUGUAGCGUUGUCCAAACGCUGUGUACAUUGAACAGUUGCUACGCCUUUUAGAAGCGACGCAAAUCUUGUAACUGACACCUGUUGGGGACCUAUAAAUACCCACAGUCACAAUCAAUACAAUCAUUCAUUUCCCUUCAAUCUCUGUGCUUUUCUUCACGUUAUCAGCACUGGCUCUGCCCCUAGCGAGUAGGCCUAAAGGAGAAAACAGAGAAAAGGUGAGAGGAUGGAUUCCCUGCCAUCCUUCGUUUUCGCUUUCGCUCGUUUUGUGGCACGAGAGAACCGCCCCUUUCAUCGCCGCCGGACCAUCGGAAUUUUUCCUCGUCGCCGGACCUUCGGUCUUGCUGCUCGUCGCCGGAACUUCGGCCGGAUCUUCAACCGCCGCCAACACCGUCGCCGGAGCAUGAACGGUGGCCUCCGCCACCGCAGGGCAGUGCUUGGUGCCCCUCGCCGUCGCUACGGGCCUGGUGGUGGCCUCCGCCGCCGCCACAACCAUCGGCAGCACUACCACCAUGUUCAUCGCCGUGUGCAGAACCGCAACUUCACUGGAACAUCAGGACCUAGUACCAGGGCAGAAGUGCCUCGGGAAGAAAUCCAGGCCAUACCAGAGAGAGCGGUUGUGCCGGAUGUUGUUGCGGAAGGUGCUGCGGAAGUUGAUGCCGUGCAUGAAGAUGAGGCAUCCGCCUCUAGCAUCACUGCGGACGCGGACGAACUGCUGCCCCCUCCGCCCACCUUCAAUGUCCCGCCCAUGGAGUGGCUGCUGGGCGGGCCGAGCGCAGGGUGGCUGGUGGACGAUCCCGAGCGCGACUUCAGCGACGAGGAACUCACGGCACCGUCCCCGCCGAUGUACUACUACCUGCGCCAUGGAUAUGGGCCGUGCCUGCCGUCUCCGACGCCAUCAGGCGAGGAGCAGGGGCACUUCGCUCCGCCAGGCUAUGCCCCCAUGACGGAGUUCUUCAACCCACCGGUGGUGGCUCCUGUGGACGCGCUCCCACCGGGCCUCGACCUCAACCUCCCAGCGGCAGAAGAAACGGAGGAGGAGAACGAGGACGCGCCGUCGGCGCCGUCCCUUGCCCUCCCCACGCCCUCGCCGGAGGCCAGGGUGCUGCUCCGUCUCUUCGCGUCGGCCAUGGCGGCCCGCCCCGCCGGCAUCCGCAGAGGGACCUGGUCGCCCGACGAUCUCGGCCUCACCGGCCGCUUCGCGGAGCUCCGCCUCAACGAGGCCGCCCACCACUUCUCCUCCUCAGGGGAGGGAUCGAGCCGCCGCUGAAGCUUCAACAGGCGCUGGCCAUAAGAAGUGUCGAGAGGAUAAGGUGAGGAGGACGACGGGAUAUUUUCCCCAAGUCGCUCCUCCCAGUUCCCUUUCUAUACUGAUCCAAGCCUACACCUGUUGGACCAAAAGGACAGCGCACUUUCCUCUGCCAUGUGCCAUGAAUAUAAAAGGCAGAAAUUUAGUAUUUACGUGAUUUCAGUCUGGUCAUUAUUAUAAUCUGCAUAUUUACAUCUGUAGCUGUAUCAGUCCAUCAGAUGUUAUGUAAAAAUCUGUUUAGGACCCUACGUUGUUCUUCAUUCAGAAUAGCAGUAUAUUGUGAUGUAAAUACAUUCAUUGUUAGAUCUUAUAUCUAUUAUAUGUUACGAGUAUAUGAUAUGACAUGUUAUUAAUA